AUGGAUGAAGAUCAGGGCCCAAGCCAAAUCGUCCCCGGGACAGCUCCCAAGCGGACAAUGGGAGACCGCCUUCGCAGCACCAAGAACAGAUUCUUCACCAAGGACGGCCUGAUUGGCGACUACGACUAUGCUUUCCUCUUUACCCCGAACUUGCCAUUCAUGAGGAAGAGUCGCAAAGCCGCUCCCUUCUUUGGCUUAAACGACCGGAUGCCUACGCUCUUGGCCCUGUUGCUAGGAUUCCAGCAUGCCCUUGCCAUGCUGGCCGGAAUCAUCACGCCGCCUAUCCUGCUGAGCGGCGCUGCAGGUGCUAAUCUCACUGGGGAGAUGCAACAAUAUCUUGUCUCAACAGCUUUGAUUGUCUCCGGCUUGUUGUCCAUGAUUCAAAUCACCAGAUUCCACAUCCUGAAGACUCCCUAUUAUAUCGGAACUGGCUUGAUCUCCGUAGUCGGUAUCUCUUUUGCAAUUAUCCCGGUGGCUCAGGGAGCCCUCUCUCAAAUGUAUGCCAACGGAUUCUGCCCGAUGGAUGGCGAGGGAAACAAGCUCCCGUGCCCUGACGGAUACGGCGUCAUGCUCAUUGGCAUCCACUUGAUCGAGACUGGCUUUCAGAACUGGAUGGGUGGCUCCGGCCCUUGUGCCAACCCGACUUCCGACUUCUUCGCCCGGUGCCCCAACAUAUCUGCGCCUCAUGCUCUCCCCUGGGGCUCCGCCGAGUACUUGGGCUUGGGUUUCUCCGUCUUCGUGACCAUCAUUCUCUGUGAACGAUUUGGCGCGCCCAUCAUGAAGUCGACAUCUGUUGUUAUUGGCCUCCUCGUCGGAUGCAUCAUCGCCGCUGCGACUGGUUACUUUGACCGCUCCGGAAUCGACAGUGCCCCUGCUGCCUCUUUCAUCUGGGUGCACACCUUCAAACUCACCCUUUACGGGCCGCUCAUCUUGCCUCUGUUAGCCGUCUAUAUCAUCUGCGCCACCGAGGCCAUUGGUGACAUUACUGCUACCUGUGAUGUCUCUCGCCUUGAGGUUGAGGGCCGUCUUUUCGAAUCCCGUAUCCAGGGAGGCGUCCUCGCUGAUGGCAUCAACGGCGUUCUUGCGGCUCUAAUGACCAUCACUCCUAUGACAACCUGGAUUAGUUGCUUCUUCCUCAUCAUCAUGGGCAUCUUUGCCAAAUUCGCAGCAUCGCUCGUCGCCAUCCCUUCCUCCGUGCUUGGAGGUAUGACCUCGUUCCUUUUCACGGCUGUCGCCGUCUCCGGUAUGGCCAUCAUCACAAAGGGUGUGCCUUUCAACCGACGAAACCGCUUUAUCCUGACCGCGGGUCUCACACUCGGCUAUGGUGCUACCCUCGUUCCUACGUAUUUUGACAACGUCUUCACGUAUGCGGGUGACAACCGCGGCCUGAGGGGUUUCCUCGACGCCAUUGUACUCAUCAUGGAGACGGGCUUCGCUAUCACGGCCUUCGUCUGCAUGUUCCUAAACUUUGUGCUCGACGAGGAGAUCGAGGACACGGAGGGUCAUGAUGUUAUCCCCACCACUGGCAUCGUUACUCCAAAGGACGUCAACGGCGGGGAGAGUGCGCGUGGAGCCGAUUCGGAGGACAUUCAGCCCAUUGGACACAACACCACCGGCAAGCGUGAUGAGAAGCUGUCUUGA